CUUUGCCCUAACAGAGGAAGAGUGAACACUGGCACCCCUUUUCAAGAUGGCAUCGACGAGAUACGGUUUACCGUCUCCAAAGUCACCAACAGAAUCAUCAAAGAGGAUCGCUAUUAACACUCUGCUUAACCCAGAGAGUGUGUCAGCAUGCGAUUCACGCUGUUUGUAUCCUACACGCAAACUACAACCACCAUAUGUCGACUAUCCAGAUCGCCGUGAGAGGUACUCUAGUGGGUCAUCAACAACCAUUAGCAGUGCUUGCUCAACACCAGUAAAUACCUCUUUCCAAGGCUACAAUCAGACGCAUUUUCGCCCUCUCCAAUACCUAAACACAGGUUAUGGCUCCUAUGAUGGACGACCGGAACCUACAUCUGCAGCCUCCGACAGCUAUAAUUUUACUCACCACCACCAUCACCACCAUAGUACAAUGAACGGUAAUGCCAACGCCACGGGCAAGGCACCGGUGUCACCCACUUCCUCACCAACGCCUUAUCGAAGAGAACGUUUCCCAUCUGUCUCUAGCGGAACGUCAUCUGCACCGGUUCCAGAGCGCCGCCGACCACCUCGACCGAAGUACGACGAGGAAGAGAUGUACUUUAUAUGGUACCAUCGAGUUGAUUUAGGCCAGGAAUGGAAGCAGGUCCGUGAAUGCUUCAACGCUCAGUUUCCAAACCGUCAAAGAACUGGCUUCCAGGGAAUACAGUGCAAGUAUUACCGCUUUAUCAAGGAAAAGAACUGCCCCACACUACGCGAACAGCGGAGAAAAAGGAGUGCUGCUGCUGCUUCCGCUGCGGCUGGACGUGAGACCGGCAGCGACUCUGAAGGAAGAACGAAGUGCCAUAACUAUGGCGGAUCCAAUUGCCAUUUCAACGAGGAUGGGCCAGCCUAUGGAGUGAUUCGCUGGACGGGCACUCGAUUCCCUUGGAUGAAGCAGUAGAACCAUCCCGCUCUGGCUGCACCUACCGGGACCUUUCCAUAGCCUCGGUUCUUUCUUCUUUUCCUCCCUGAUAUCUUAGUUCGUUGGUGACUGGGUCCAAUAUAACGAUGCUACGCGUGAAAUGACUUAAUGUUCUAAUGAUAACUUUUCUUUCUUGGUAAGCCAAGGGAACAGAUUAUACGACAUGCUUCCAGUCGUUCUCUCGCAAAGCACUCCUUAGCCUUCCUUUACCCCUUACAUAUAUACCCAUUUUAUUAUAUCUGGAGACUGCUACUGCGUCAUAAAAGCCACAAAAGUUGCAAAGAUACUGGCAGUAAAUAGAUGCCCCAGGCAAGGGCAUAGAACACCUGACCACAUACUCAUACUCGUUCAUUUCUAUAUAUAUUUGUUCAAUUAUUCAUUUCUACUUUCUCACGUUCAUCUAAAUAACAUCAACGCUUCAGGUUGAUACCUUCAUUUGAGCCCUUCCUGUAUGAUUAUCCACAGAUUCGUACUUGGCUAUUGGUCAUCGGGCUUGUUUGUUGGUGCUGCAGUGGUUAGGCAUGGCGCCUAUAAUCCUUCUUCGCAGUAUGACAGAGCAGGUUGGCGGUUACAUUAUACGGGGUAUCUAUCCAUGAGCUUCCAUAUUUCUUGCCUUUCUACAUGUAUCACUCUAUUGGCCUAUUUUUAUCUAUUGUUGUACCCCUAAGGCCACAACAUGGCCCUGGGAAUGGAUUGGGGGAGAAGUGGCAGCAAUGUAAUCACUAAUUGGUCUUUACUCAUUUAUCGACUGUAAAAACAGUCAAGAACGGUAGCGAGGGAAAAAGGUGUUGAUGUGGUUAAACGGGAGUUCAUGCAGGAGAAUAACAAUACGUUUGACUUGCAUCUUCCAUCUACAGGCCAUCUAUAGAUGUAUAUAUCCAAUAAUGGGGCCAAAAGCACCUCCAAGCCGACUUUCCAGUCUCCACUCACCACCUAGUUAACUACUUAGUCCUCUUUUUUAUGCCUUCAGUCGCUACUUUUAGUUAUUAGUUAUCGUAUGCAGCUAUCCUAUUCUUGCGAGCGCGUACAGUCCAUGCGGCUAAGGGGGAAGAAGCAAAGUGUGACUUCAGCUUGCUUAACCACAUGCAUGAGACCUCAUUAACUGCACCACGCAUAAAUAUUCCUCUAGCAUGGCAUAAUUAGAAUGCCCCAGUGUCUAUACGUGGUGACGACUAGUUAAAGAGACCUCUACCUGGCUAUCCUCUGGCUCCGCUGACAGCUAAAGUAUCCCUCCACCACCCCUCCCACCUCUGCAAAUAGCUCUUGUCAAAAUAACACCCCUUUGCUUAGAACAGUUGCCAUGCCACUGAACAUAUAACUAGGUGACUGGCCAAAGGAAUUUCCUUGAAAUAUUCGCUAUUACAGUGUUAUUUACUCCAUCGUUUUUACCGAGUUAGUUAAGCCAAUGACUAUGUGAGAUGCAAACACUGGCCGCUUUUAUGCGUCAGGAGCAGCUAUAUUACAGAUCAAGGCAUUUCAUUAUUAACAAUAACGGUCAGUCGGUCCCGAUAUCGUCAUCUCUGUGUCGAAAGAGAAUGAAUACGUGGACUUGCUGAUAAAUCCUG